UUUACGGAGGUUAGGCUGUUGGGAGCUGAGUACGACCUGUCAUGGGUCAGUCAAUUUUUUGGGGAGAGGAACAGUCAGUGGUCGUUGCUAAAAAAUGAAAAAGAAGCAUUUCCAAAGACAUUCUUUAUGGCUGCGUGUGUCAUAUAGCUGACGUAGACAGUCAGAACAGAAACGUCUUCCCCAUUUUGUCAUCAGCCUGCCCGGUACAUUACAGUCGGUAGCAUUCAUUUAGGCUUGUGGUCGACCAGCCCAUGUGUGAGCCAUAUGUCAGAAGUCCGAAACGAUGACGUUUGUCGGUUUGGAGUUGAGGUGAACAGUAGCCGAUUGUCUCACACACGAACACACGCCGCAGACAUGGAAUAAGUGGAUGCCAUACAAUUUGUUGACUUUUGUUUUAAACUUAAUGGAUGGCCAACAGGAGGCUGUUAUCAACCUCGCGCAUUCUUCUAGUGUGCUUAGGUCUAACGUUGGUGUUUUGUUUCUAUCUUGCCCGAUUUCCUCUACAAGAGUCUACACCAUGCGCGUGCCCAAGGGGCGAGAGCGAGUCCGAGCAGGAUGUUCGAACUGUCCAGACACCAGCUAUAGCUGACCGGUACAAAACCAACCACACCCUAGCAAUUGUAGUGCCUUUGAGAGACAGGUUUGAAGAGUUGAUGGAAUUUGUACCUCACAUGCAUUCUUUCCUUAACAAUCAAAGUGUUCGUCACAAGAUUUAUGUGGUUAACCAAGUGGACAAUUACAGGUUUAACCGAGCAUCCCUUAUCAAUGUUGGGUUUCGAGAGAGCAGUGAAGAGUGUGAUUACAUCGCCAUGCAUGAUGUGGAUCUGUUACCACUGAACCCUGCCCUCAGCUAUUCCUAUCCUGAAAAUGGACCAUUUCAUAUUGCUGCACCAAAUCUUCAUCCUCUUUAUCACUAUAAGACUUUCGUUGGUGGAAUACUCCUCUUGAGGUCAUCCGAUUUCAAAUUGCUGAAUGGUUUAUCCAACCGAUAUUGGGGUUGGGGUCGCGAGGAUGAUGAAUUCUAUGUCAGAAUGAGGAAAGCGGGGAUCAUUGUUCAAAGACCUCAGAAUAUUACGACUGGAAAUAGAACCUUCAGACAUGUCCAUGACAGAAAGAGAAGGCCAAGGGAUAACAAGCGUUACUUUGACCAGAGGAACAAGACGAGAAGACUGGACAGGGACACUGGAAUGUCCACAGUGCAAUAUGAGGUUGCCAGUAGGAGAGAAUUAGCAAUAGACAACGCCCCAGUGACAAUACUAAAUGUGAAAUUAAUGUGUGACGUCCAGUCAACCCCAUGGUGCUUGCAGCCUGAAGAUCAUGAGUGGUAUUUACAAAACUAUUCACAGAACAAUGUUCACUAAGUUAUGUUUGUACGUUAAAUGUUAUGUUUUGUUGGUGUUAUGAUGGUCAUACUUGUGGAAAUGUCUCCAAGGGCAACAUUAAUCAUAUUUAUCAACCUUAUGCCUCAUGUAACUUGGCUGUGCAGAAUAUGAAUAUAUCAAGUUUUAAUAUUGUUAAUCAAUACUAAGUUUCAGACCUGUAUAUAGCACAUCUCCAAUGUUAUCCUCAAUACAGCUUACAUAUAUUAACCUUGUUAAAAAUAGUUACACCAUUUAUCUCACUUUUAUGGUUAUAGCUCAGUCGUGGAUGUAUGCAGAUUCCUUGUCGAAAAGAUAAUGUAAGGUCGGUUAAAAAUAGUUUGUUUAGUGACGGACGGGGAUGUAGAAAUCUAUUUUGUUAUUUUAAUUCCUUAUUAGGUCACAAAUCUAUUAAAGUGAACUUGAUUUUAGUGUACCAUUUGACCUCUUUUUGACAUGCCCCCUUCAGCUUGAUGUAUACUUCCCAGGGAGUGAGAAU